CUACAUAUGCAGUCUACCGAGCCGGGCAAGCAGCUUGACGAAACGGAAUCAACAGCUCCCACCCCCAGAGCCUAGACCCUCUUCCAUCCACAAACAAUUAACACGCAGCCUUUGGUUACACACCUUCAACAUGAAGGGCCCAACCCCAGAACAGCACGACGGCUCCGGCCUGCGGAUCGGCAUUGUCCACGCCCGCUGGAACGCCGAGAUCAUCGACCCCCUCCUGGAGGGCACCAAGGCGAAGCUGCUGGCCUGCGGCGUGCAGGAGAGCAACAUCAUCGUCGAGUCCGUCCCGGGGUCCUGGGAGCUGCCAAUUGGCGUCCAGCGGAUGUACGCCGCCUCCCAGAUCCAAUCCUCCUCCUCGUCAACCGCCAGCGCCGGCGACCUCCUCGGCGGGUCCACGACGGACCUCGCCUCCCUGUCCUCGACGGGCGCAGGCAAGGGCGCCACGCUGUCGACGGCCUUCGACGCCAUCAUCGCCAUUGGCGUCCUGAUCAAGGGCGAGACCAUGCACUUCGAGUACAUCGCCGACUCCGUCUCGCACGGCCUGAUGCGCGUCGGGCUUGACACGGGCGUCCCCGUCAUUUUCGGCGUGUUGACCGUCCUCAGCGAGGACCAGGCAAAGGCCCGCGCCGGCAUCGCCAGCGGCAGCCACAACCACGGUGAGGACUGGGGGCUCGCCGCCGUCGAGAUGGGCGGCAAGCGCAAGGGCUGGGCUAGCGGCAAGCUGUCGUCGUAGGGGCCGGAUGGGACAUGUGCGGAGGGAUAGGCGCCACCAGGUAGGAGCGUCGAGGGUGGGUUGAAUGAAGUCUAUCACGGAGAGGGCAACUACGGCAAACCGAUGGGGGGGGGGGGGGCAAAAUGCCUACACAAACCUUGCACCUGCAAUCUACGGUGGCGGUUCAGCCGUAGGCGCGGCGAUCGGUAGCAUCAUCCGCUUCCUGAAGCUUGCCCAGCAGAGGGAGGCAUGCUUGUCGGGAAAUGGACAUGCGCCAGCCGGAAACUACCUAGGUACCUAGGUCUGAUCUUGCAAGCCAUUGGAUAGGCUGCGAGAGAUAUCAGCAUGCACCUGCCAUACCUUCUAGGAUGUAAUGAUUCGAUCAAGAUGAAUAGACUGAAUGAUUCACCCU